UUCGGAAGUUAUAUUUGAUUUGCAUUACUGUUUGCUUUCCUUCGGUAUAGGUCUCUCUGGAAAUUAUUUUAAGCUUUACAUUGUUGUAUAAAGAAUGAUACUUGAGGUUAAAGCUGUCAUCUCUUUGAUAAAUACACGAUAUAUGCCUGAAUGUAAUUACUUUGUAAUCACGUGUUGAUCUGAAUGAUUAAAAGAUUGAAAAAGAAUAAAGUGGACAAUUAUGGCAUCGGCGAUCGAAACUUUGGUGAAGCAAGCAAUGAAAACAUUUGGUGAUCGCCGGCUUUGUCAGAAAAACUUUGAUAAAUUGAAGAAUCUAAUAAAUAAUAUAACUACGGAGGAUAUAAAACUUGAUAAACGUGUUCUUGAUUAUGUUAGCAAACAGCCAGCACCUAUGUGUGUGAUGGAUAUAUUUGAAAAUGAAAACUUAACAAUUGUGAUUUUUAUAUUAAAACAUGGCGUUAAAAUGCCUAUGCAUGAUCAUCCUGGGAUGCAUGGUUUGUUGAAGGUGAUCAGUGGUAUGGUAGAAUUAAGCAGCUAUAGUUUGAAGACAAAAGGUGAUCAUGUAAUUAAAGCAAAUGAAGAGAUCACAGCAGUUAGACAUCGACCUGUAUCUCUUCAUAGUAAUUCAUCUGUUUGUAUUUUUACGCCAAUGGAAAAGAAUCUUCAUGAAAUUUUGUGUGUGGAGGGUCCUGCAGCUUUCUUGGACAUACUCAGUCCA